GCCAAUUCACCUGACCUGCACAUCUUUUGGAUUGUGGGAUAUGACUCUGACUCGAAUAAACUGGCCUUUUUCUGAAUGGCUCGCAGUGAGUAACACAGGGAUCAUUUGAUUGACUAGGAGAAAGUGAGGACUGCAGAUGUUAGAGAUUAGAGUUGAGAGUGUGAUGCUGGAAAAGCACAGCAGGUCAGGCAGCUUCCAAGAAACCCAUCGAGAAUCAAUGUUUCGAGCAUAAUCGACGAUUUCUGAGGAAGGGCUUCCUCCUGAGGAAGACAACCACAGUGUUCUGCGUCUGGAGCCAUGUGCAGUUGAGACCUGGUAAGGAUAGAUUUCCUUCCCUGAAGGAAAAUAGGGAACAAGAUGGGGUUUUUGUUUUUACAGUUGCCAGUGGUUAUGUGGUUAUUAUUAGACCGACUUUGUAUUCCAGUUUUUCUCUUGAAUUAAUAUUUCACCAUCUGCCAUGGUGAGGUUUGAAUCUCUGUUUCCAGAGCACGUGUGCCUGUUUUCUGGAUUACUAGUCCAUGGCGUUACCACAACAUCCCCAAUGCAGAGAGAAAGUGCUGUCCAAGACAGUAACAAGAUCAUGCUCGGGACUGUUUCAGUAAGGUGCAUCAUGUUUGGCAAAACCAGCAAAUUGGACAACUUUCAUUACUGCCUCUCACUGUUACUGAGUUCUGACAAGGACAUAUGCAUUUGUUUGAAGCAGACAGCUCCUCCUCCUGUAUAGUUAACAAAUUAGAUGUUUAUCUGUUCUGAGCUUCAAAUGAGUAAGUGUGCAGUGUCAUCGAAUGAGGAAACUAAUAACAGAACUGUCCUAUUGUAUUAAAUGCUACGGGAUUAAUACCUCAACAUCGCAGGUUGAGGCAGGGGCUUAUUAAUCGGAAAAAGGGGAAUAAAGUCUGGAGGUUGCCUGAAGGGCCGAUUGAGAGGAAUAGAAGUUGAAGCGUUCAGGAGACGGGAACAUGAAUGAUUCCACCUCUGGCCCUCCGAGCAAAGGCUGCACAUACCAAGAGAAGUUCAAGAACAUUCUACUGCCUGUCACGUACUCGGUGGUGCUGGUCCUUGGCCUGACCCUAAACCUGACAGUCAUCAUUCAGAUCCGGCUCUCCCAGAAGCCUCUGACCAGGAAUGCCAUUUACAUGGUCAACUUGGCCAUGGCGGACAUCCUGUACGUCUGCUCCCUGCCGCUCCUGAUCUACAACUACAUUCACAUGGACUACUGGCCCUUCGGUGAGACGCUGUGUAAGGCCACCCGCUUCCUCUUCUACGCCAACCUUCAUGGGAGCAUUCUCUUCCUCACCUGCAUUAGCUUGCAACGGUACAUUGGCAUCUGCCACCCGCUGAGUACCUGGCACAAGAAACGGGGCCCCAAGUUUGCAUGGGCAGUCUGCGGCCUGGUUUGGACCUUUGUGUUGGCAGAGUGUGCUCCCGUCUGGAAAUUUGCUUCCACCGGGAUCCAGCGCAACAGGACUGUGUGUUAUGACCUGAGCAGCCCUGAACAGUCCCUUUAUUACUUCCCGUAUGGCAUCGCCCUGACGGUGGUGGGCUUUGCCUUCCCAUUCGCCGGACUGUUGGCAUGCUACUGCGCCAUGGCGAUGGAGCUGUCUAAACCUAACCAGGCACUGGGCCACGCCAUCCAGCGCAAAAAGAGCAAGGCCCUGCGGAUGAUUGUCAUUGUGGCCGUGGUCUUUAUCAUUAGCUUCUUGCCCUUCCACCUGACCAAGACUGCCUAUCUCAUCAUCCGCGCUCAGAGAUCCAUUGCCUGCUUGACGCUUCAAGGCUUCGCCCGGGCCUACAAGGCCACGAGACCCCUGGCGAGCAUGAACAGCGUCAUGGACCCCAUCCUCUUCUACUUCACCCAUGAGAAGCUGAGGCAGAGCACGCGAUUGCUGCUGCAGAGGGUCAACACCAACCUGAAUGCGAGGGUAUGCAGGAGUGACAAGACCUGACCUCCCUCACCUUCAUCCAGCUACAUCAGCCAGCUUGGGUGGAGGCUUGCGCAGGGUAGUCUGAACGCACUGGACCAAGUGACGGCCUCCCACCUGACUGCAUGGCAUGAUUCAGGGGGAUGGGGUGGGGUUGACAUGGACGGCGGGUGGCCUGCAUGAGCCGUAUUUGUGAAUCUGGAGAACAAGCAACAUCUGACACAGCAUGUCAGCACCCGAGGCUGGAAUGCUGGAGUUAGAGUGAUGGCCAGAGAUAAGCAACUGCAUUGAUAAUGCACUGACGCACAUGCUUUAACCCAACCAAAAUAUCAUCCCUCAUUUCACAAAAACUAAAAUACAAAAAUUGCUUUAACAAGGGGGGAUUGCAAGUAUUUGGGACUGAU